AUGGAGUCAUCAGCUUUACAGGGUACAGAGAGUGUUUGCGUGAAGGCAGAGCCUUGUGACGAUGUGUGUACAACGGAUGAACCCACGUUUGAGGGAGUGUCUGUUAAAGCUGAGCCUGAGAAUGCUGUUUUUGUAAAAGAUGAGCCCAGGUGCGAGAGUGUGCCAAUAAAAGCCGAGCCCAGGUGCGAGAGUGUGUCUAUUAAAGCUGAGCUUUUAGUGGAUCCUGUUUGUGUUAAAGACGAGCCCAGGUGCGAGAGUAUGUCUAUAAAAGACGAGCCCAGGUGCGAUAGUGUGUCUAUAAAAGCCGAACCUAUAGUGGAUCCUGUUUUUGUAAAAGACGAGCCCAGGUGCGAGAUUGUGCCUAUAAUAGUCGAGCCUUUACUGGAUGCUGUUUGUGUUAAAGAAGAGCUCAGGUGCGACGAUGUGUCUAUAAAGGCGGAGCCAUCAUGUUCAGAUGUGUGUGUAAAAGACGAGCCGCUCAGCGCGAGCACAGCGGCCGCAGCGUCGGGGCUGUAUGCCAACCAUGAUGUAAAAGAUGAGCUAGUGCUCGUCCCCGAGUUAGUGGAGCGGUUAGCUAGAACAGGGCGAACUGGACAGAAGCCGGGAAGUGGAUCUUAUCGUUAUAAAUGUGCUGAGUGCGAAUAUAGUACAGCCAAAAAAACCACUUUGAGACGUCAUGCAAAGAAGAACCACGCCAAGUUAGUAGACUAUGAAUUUGACUCCAAUGAUGAUUUUACGCCUGAUUCAGAUCAAGCUCCUGAUUUACAGUAUACGCCUCAAGAAGAGUCAGAUAAUAUUACAGAUUUCUCAGAAUAUACUUGUGUUCAUGAGGAAAAAACUCUAACAAGGAAGAGAAAGAGCAAUCCAAACGUAAACAGAACUGUAAACAAGGCGAAAAGAGCCAAAUGCCUGCCUUAUAAGAACAAUACAAAGGAUUGUCCAGCUAAAGCACCAAAAUACAUUGAUUGCUCUCGAUGUAAAUUUAAGUGCACUGACAAUAUACCAGAAGAGAUAAGAAAUCGGAUCUGUAGACUUUAUUGGGGCCUAGACUAUGGCAGGCAAAAAGAUUUCAUUUUGAAAUACGUCCAUCUGGAAUACCCGAAACGUAGAAAAGUGAAUGUAACCAAAAAAGGGGCACGCAAUGUGUCGAAAAAAUAUUAUUUGGAAAACAGCAACGGUAAACAAAGAGUUUGUGCAAACUUUUUCCAAAAAACUUUGAAUAUAUCAAAUGGGCCUAUUAACACAGCCAUUAAACAUAAGGGCUCUACUGGUUCCUUCAUAGGACAAGACAAAAGAGGGAAAAAAUAUCCUGGAAAUAAAAUAAGCGAACAAGCUAGAAAUAUGGUCAAAAGGCAUAUUGAAAGUUUUGCGGCUAUGGAAUCCCACUAUGUUCAUAAUACUUCAAAGAAACUCUACCUAGAGAGCAAUUUGUCUGUUUCCAAAAUGCAUACAUUGUAUAAAGACAACUUUUGCACGAAACAUGGUAUACAACCAGUAAGUGAAAAAACAUAUCGUCGUAUUUUUUGUUCAGAGUACAAUUACUAAUUUUUCAAACCCAAGAAGGAUCUUUGUGCGACGUGCUCCAAAUAUUCAGCAAGCUACUGAAACUGACAAGAAAGACGUAGAAGCCGAAUACACUUUUCAUCGUAUGCGGGCUACUCAAUGCAACGAAGCUAAGGAAAACGAUAAACUAAGAACCAAAGAGGAUUCCUCAUUCCUCACUUGCUCCUAUUGAUUUAAGUUACAUACGGAUUUAAUAAUUCGAAAUAAUAUCAAAACACGUUUAUCUCAGUUGUGUCAAUUUGGUACUUAGUGACUUUUGCUUGUCACCCGACGGUAUAAACACUCCAUUUUAAGCUUCUAUAGUAUUGUCAAAGCCUGUGGCUGAUUUGCAUUUGUGUCCACUUGACGAAUAUUGCGUUGCUGCUAUGUAUUAUUCAAUUUAUUCAUGCAUUUCAUAUGAAAUAAAUGUUUAUAUUAUAAGAGUA